GCCGUCUAUCUCACAAUUCACUCUCCAGCACCAUGGCACCGUCGAAGAAGCCUGCUGGUCAGACCGUGCAGGCCGAAGUCGCCAUCCAGCAAUCUCUUAAGAACUGCCUUGCCAAUCUUCCGGCGUCGCUCGUUUCCGUUCUUGUGAAUGCAAAUGCCAUCGCCCAGAAUGUCGUCGUCGAGCUCUCAUACCGGCAGCCUCCUGCAGCCGGCGCCCCUGACGCAAAUAGUACUUCGCCGCAGAAGUCAGUGUUCCUAGGAUGGACUGGCAUGCAGAGCAAGCGCAAGCUUGCACCGGUAGUAGGGCGCGAGGGAUUGAGUGGAAUUAGAGGCGGCCCCGCAGGAAGAGAGCAAGACAUACAGACUGUCGAGGUGGAUGCGACAUUUGCGAGACUGAUAGGUCUGGGUGAGGGACAGAAGGUCGGAAUAUCACUCCAUCUGGACCCUCCCCAGGCGCAUACCAUCAACAUUGAGCCCCUAACUCCCGUGGACUGGGAGAUGAUUGAACUGCAUGCUCAGUUCUUAGAACUCAACUUCUUGUCCCAGAUCCGCGCGCUUCCAAAUCCUCAGGCUCAAUCUCCACAUCCCUUGACGCUCCACUUGUCUCCGACGACUACCGCGAAUAUCAUCGUGACCUCGGUCACUCCUGCACCGCCUGCAGCUUCGCCUUUUGUAAAAAUAUCACCAGAUGCAGAGGUCAUCGUUGCGCCUAAAACACGUCAAAAGUCGGAGAGGAGUUCGGCACGUGAAAGUCGAAGCGUUGGUGGUGCUUCGCGUAAGAGUGGGAAGAGCGCUGCCAGCACCGUCAGACGCCGUAGUGGUCGCGACGAGCAGACUAGCCGGGGUGCUGUUUUCCUUCGAGGGGUUGAUCGAAGCGUAGCUCAAGAGUGGUUUGAUGAAGAAUUUAAUACAGACGGCGAAGGCCUCAAAGUCUGGGUCGAUAAGGACGUUCUUUUGACAAAAGCUCUGCGAGGAGUGACAUGGGUCUCGGUAGCAGUUAUCAAACCUGCAGGGUUGCAGGAACCAGUCGACAUGUCGAAAGAGCACGAACAAGAGAAGCCCGCCAUACGGGUGAUCGCAAAACUCGGGACGUGGGAAGACGCACCAGACAGCCGUCAUGUCGCGCUUUCCACGGAUCUAUGCAGAGUCAUUGGUCACGAAGGCUUCGUGGGUGGCCUUGUUCGAAUCGAGGCGGCUCCAAGCCAGACUCCGAAGCCAUCCGCCAUUAAGCCCCAAGGUUCCGGCUCAAAGGACUCCAAAGAACCUGUGGUGAAGAUAGCUAAGAUCUUUCCCUUCUCGCCACAGGAUCAAACAAAUGCUUCACUAAGGUUCGGGGGCGAGUCUAAGCAGGAACAUGAGGAUGCAAUCCAGAAGAUUAAGUCAAUGUACGGCAAGAAGAAUGGCCUCCUAGAUGGGGCUGUCACUGAUGGCAUGGUUUUGCCUCCUAUUAAAGAGCCUGGCGUAGCCUGGCAGGGAGGUAUUAUUCGGUUCGACCCACCACAACCUCCCACAGGUGUCUCGUGGAUCCUCUUUCCCGAACGGAAGCCGCCGGUCGAACUAGGCGCAGAGAUCUCGAAACCGUCAAGUUGGAGUAGAGGCUGGCAACAUGGCGAACCUUUACCCGCUAUGCCCCCAAAACUAGUCGGCAUUAGCCCCCUCGUCGAGCAACUGAGAUCGCAUCUAACGCAUAAUUCCUCUGUGCUCCUGACCGGCGGUCUUGGUGCUGGAAAAACGAGCUGCGCACAGCUUCUUGCCCAUCAGCUCCGUGCAGAGUACCUAUUUAACACGGUUUACUUCCCCUGCCGUAAGCUUGUGACCGACGAGACGAGAGUCUCCACCAUCAAAGAGACCUUGGAUAGACUAUUUGCGUCGGCUUCCUGGGGCGCGAGAUCUGGCGGCAAUGCUCUCGUUGUUCUCGACGACCUGGACAAGCUUUGCCCGGUAGAGACCGAACUUCAGGUUGGUAACGAGAAUGGACGAAGUCGACAUGUCAGCGAGAGUAUCAUUUCCAUCGUCCGGCAAUAUUGCUCCAUGGACUCUGGUGUUGCGUUACUGGCAACUGCGCAGGGCAAGGAAGCCCUCAACAACGUCCUUAUCAGCGGCCACGUCGUGCGAGAAAUUGUUGGUUUGAAAGCACCGAACAAGGACGGGAGAAGGAGGGUGCUCGAGAUGCUCGCACACCAGGACGAAAAGCCUCAGUCAAGCCAGCAGCCGAACGGCAUUCCUUCGUCCGGGCAUGCAUUCCCUCCGUCACCGUCCACCAGCCGACCGAGCACAUCUCAUCGAAGCCAACCCAGCGCUUCUAGCAUUCAGCAUGAUACUGCACUAGAAGAAGACGGGUUCAUCGUUGAUCCUACCAUCGACUUCCUAGAUCUCGCUGGCCAGACGGAUGGGUAUAUGCCAGGUGACCUCGUUCUCCUUACAUCACGGGCUCGCAACGAAGCUCUUAUCCGCUCCGUUACGGAUUCGUCCAACUCAACGACGGUAUCACUGACGAAAGAGGAUUAUGCACAAGCUCUAGCAGGUUUCACUCCAGCUUCUCUCCGCAACGUGACGUUGCAAACGUCAACAACAAAGUGGGACUCUAUUGGCGGUCUCCAUGCAACGCGCCAGAUCCUCCUCGAAACCUUGCAGUAUCCGACGACGUACGCGCCCAUAUUUGCACAAUGUCCUCUCCGCCUACGAUCCGGUUUGCUUCUGUACGGCUACCCUGGUUGUGGUAAAACAUUGCUUGCCUCUGCCGUUGCUGGAGAGUGUGGGCUCAAUUUCAUCUCCGUCAAAGGUCCAGAAAUUCUUAAUAAGUACAUUGGUGCUUCCGAGAAGUCUGUAAGAGAUCUAUUUGAGCGCGCUGAAGCCGCGAGACCCUGCGUUCUCUUCUUCGACGAGUUCGACUCCAUAGCGCCAAAGCGUGGUCACGAUUCCACAGGUGUCACAGAUCGAGUUGUCAACCAGCUGCUCACACAGAUGGACGGGGCGGAAGGUCUGAGCGGAGUGUAUGUCCUUGCUGCUACGUCACGACCGGAUCUGAUUGACCCUGCUCUUCUGCGCCCAGGACGUCUAGAUAAGAGCCUGCUAUGCGACAUGCCAGCCCUAGAAGAACGUAUUGACAUCCUCAAAGCUGUAACGCGCAAACUUCAUCUUGCGCCCUCCAUUCUCGAAACAGGACACGAAGGCGAGAAUCUCCGCGAGAUCGCCCGAAGAACAGAAGGCUACUCAGGUGCAGACCUACAGGCCGUCGUAUAUAACGCCCAACUUGAAGCCAUCCAUGAUGUUCUCGGAGAUACCGAGCUUGGAGAUCCUACCAGGGGUGGUGCUAAGAACAAAGCUACUAGCGACGGCGCAAGCAAGCCAGGAAAGGAGGAUCGUAUCCCAGAAUUCACACACUUCCGCUUCGGCGACGAAACGCCCACGCCCCCGGACCCUUCCAAGCACAUCCCAUCUUCACAACCCACGGAGCGUGCUCUCAUAGCUCAAAAGAUCGCUGCCUUGCAAGCUCUCCGCCGUAAGCAAAAACAGUUGCAGCACCAACAGCGGCCCGGCAGCAAAGACGAAGACAAGGUGGCUAAGGAGGGCGAUGACGUGGAUAGAAAGGAGCCACAGAUUCACUGGAAGCACAUCGAGAGCUCAUUGGCAACCACGAGAGGUAGCAUUAGUGCGCAGGAGAGGAGAAGGUUGCAGGGGAUCUAUAGAGAGUUUGUGGUGGGGAGGAAUGGCGAGAUGCCAAGUGGGCAGGGUGGGACUGAGAUUGGUGGAAGGACAAGCUUGAUGUGAUUUGAGUUAGUCUAAGCGCGGC